AGCAGGACAGAAUUAGAAAAGAUUAUUCUGACGUGAUUAAUAAAUUGGAAGGUUCUAUUAAAGAUAUAAAUUCAUCAAAAUGGAAGGAAUACAAAAAAUGCUUUUUAUCAAUUCAAAAUUCUGAUAAAAGGCCUACUGAUCAACCCUUGAUUGAUAUAAUUCACCAAAAUUUCUUCGCAAAUAAAGAAAAUAAGUCGACACUUAAUAAGGCGAAAGAUUAUAUUCAAUCUUUUAUCCCCCAAAAAAUUUUAUCGCAAUUUAAAAACUCCGAUCAAGAUGAAAUUCUUGAAACAUCAGAUCAAGAAUUUGUUCAAAAACAUCUUUUUAACAAGGAAUUUGAUGAUUAUCCUGAUCUCAAAAAUGGAGUAAUUGAUUUGUUUCGCAAAGAAUAUUUCGAGUGGAAAAAUAACUUUUUACUUUCUGAAGACGAACAUAUAAAGGAAUCUCAACAAGUUCAAACAAUGUUAAAAAAUUUUCAAAAUGAUCUAAAUAAUGAGAACAAUAAAAUCUUGAAAAAUUAUUUCAAAAAAAUUUCUGAUAAAAUUAAGGAAAAAUAUAAUCAUAAUGG